UAACUCAGAAGAGAUCAACGAAAUCGGUUAUUGAUUUGUAGUAGAAGAAAAAACGAGAGAAGAGGACUUGCAUUGAUGAUGAUGAUGGUUUUCGUUCGUCAGAGCUUUAUAUAAACCUUCGUUGUUUAUCAGAGUUCUGUUCUUCUUUUGGUUUCCUCUCCUCUGCUUCAUUUGAACGGAUUUUUUUUUUAUGGGUUUCUCUUUCUCUCAUGAAUCUUCUUCUUCGACCCAUCGGAUUUUCGCUUCUUGUUUGUUAUACCCAUUUAUAAUACACCCUCCAAAGAAUCAAACCCUAAGAAUCCAGAGUACCCAAAUUUCAUUUUGGCCAGAAUUUGAUCUUUUCUGGGUCUAGUUUUGUGUUUUUAUUUUUAUUUUUUAUUGUUUUUGGAUAAGAGUUAAGGAUGUUCUCUAGAUCGUGUGCGAAUUUGUUGAAUUUGGUAUCUACCGGGGAGGAUUUCCCCCAUAUCAAACGAACAAGGAAUCGGCUUCCGAGGGUCAUGACUGUUCCUGGUAUAAUCUCUGAUUUUGAUGACGAUGACGAUGAGGGUCGAAGUGAUUGCGGGGUUUCAGAUGUUGUAUCCUCUGUUUCGCAGGAAAGGAGGAUUGUCGUUGCAAAUCAGCUCCCCUUAAAAUACCAGCGUGAUUUGGAGACCAAAAAAUGGUGUUUUGAAUGGGAUAAAGAAGCGCUUGUGUUGCAGCUCAAAGAUGGGUUCUCCGCUGAUGUCGAAGUUGUUUAUGUUGGUUGCUUGAAGGUUGAGAUCGACGUUUCAGAGCAAGAAGAGGUAGCACAGUUGCUUCUUGACAAGUUUCGGUGCGUCCCUACCUUUUUGCCUUCCGAUAUUCAGAAUAAGUUCUAUCAUGGUUUCUGUAAACAACACCUGUGGCCUCUGUUCCAUUACAUGUUACCCAUAUCUCCUAACCAUGGAGCGCGUUUCGAUCGGGCUCUGUGGCAGGCCUAUGUUUCUGCCAACAAGAUUUUUGCAGAUAAAGUGAUUGAGGUGAUAAACCCAGAUGAGGAUUCUGUGUGGGUUCAUGAUUAUCAUCUCAUGGUGCUUCCCACUUUCUUGAGGAAACACUAUCACCGUGUGAAGCUUGGAUUUUUCCUGCACAGUCCUUUUCCCUCAUCAGAAAUAUAUAGAACACUGCCUGUGAGGGAUGAGAUCCUCCGGUCUUUACUGAAUUCUGAUCUUAUUGGUUUCCAUACGUUUGAUUAUGCUAGGCAUUUCUUGUCUUGCUGUAGUAGGAUGUUGGGUCUAGAUUAUGAAUCUAAGAGGGGUUACAUUGGGCUUGAGUAUUAUGGCCGGACUGUGAGCAUUAAGAUUUUACCUGUUGGGGUACACAUGGGUCAGCUUGAAUCUGUUCUCUCACUCUCGGAGACUGCCAAGAAGGCCCAAGAGCUGAAAGAAAGAUUUGAAGGAAAGAUUGUAAUAUUGGGAGUGGAUGAUAUGGAUAUGUUUAAGGGUAUUAGUUUCAAGUUUCUUGCAAUGGGACAGCUCCUAGAACAGCAUCCUGAAUUGAAAGGGAAGGUGGUUUUAAUUCAGAUUGCAAACCCUGCGAGGACUCGGGGUAAGGAUAUAGAGGAGGUUCAAGAAGAGACCCAUCUAAUUGCAAAAUCCAUCAAUGAGAAGUAUGGGAGGCCCGGGUAUGAGCCGAUUGUCUUCGUCAAUGGUUAUGUUCCCACAUUUGAGAAGGCUGCAUGUUAUGCCAUUUCUGAGUGUUGUGUGGUGAAUGCAGUGAGGGAUGGAAUGAAUUUGGUGCCUUACGAGUACACAGUUUGCAGGCAGGGUAGCCCUGUUUUAGAUGAGGCUUUGUGCAUUGAUGGGUCAAACACUCGAAGGAAGAGCAUGAUCGUUGUGUCUGAGUUCAUUGGGUGUUCACCCUCUCUUAGCGGUGCCAUUCGAGUCAACCCGUGGAAUAUUGAUGCGGUCUCUGAAGCCAUGAAUUUGGCAAUCACCAUGCCGGAGGCUGAAAAACAGAUGCGCCAUGAAAAGCACUAUAAAUAUGUUAGCUCUCAUGAUGUUGCCUAUUGGUCUCGGAGUUUCGAUCAGGACUUAGAGAGAGCUUGCAGAGAGCAUUUCCUCAGGAGAUGUUGGGGUAUUGGUUUUGGUUUGGGCUUCAGGGUUGUUGCUUUGGGGCCUAAUUUCAGGAAGCUUUCAGUUGAGCACAUUGCCCCUGCAUAUAGGAGGACAAAUAGCAGAGUGAUCCUUCUGGACUAUGAUGGCACCAUGAUGCCACAAGCAUCCGUCGACAAGACUCCUAGUAAUGAAGUAAUUUCAGUCUUGAAUAGUUUAUGCAGCGAUCCGAAGAAUAUUGUUUUCAUUGUGAGUGGCAGAGGAAAGGAUUCUCUAAGCAGAUGGUUUUCUCCCUGUGAGAAGCUGGGUAUUGCUGCUGAGCAUGGCUACUUCACAAGGUGGAGUAGAGAUUCUGAAUGGGAGUCUCCUCUAUUAGCAACAGACUUUGAUUGGAUAAAGAUCGCUGAGCCUGUAAUGGAACUUUACACGGAAACAACCGAUGGAUCAUAUAUUGAGCAUAAGGAGAGUGCAUUGGUGUGGCACCAUCAAGAAGCUGACCCAGAUUUUGGGUCCUGCCAGGCAAAGGAAUUGCUUGAUCAUCUGGAGAGUGUGCUCGCUAAUGAGCCCGUCCUGGUCAAAAGAGGUCAACACAUUGUUGAAGUGAAACCACAGGGUGUAAGCAAGGGUAUAGUUGUUGAAAACCUUAUAUCAACCAUGUUGAAUAGGGGAAAGCCACAGCCACCAGAUUUUGUGCUAUGCAUUGGAGAUGAUAGAUCAGAUGAAGACAUGUUCGAGAGCGUUGCGAGAUCUGUAUCAAAUCCAUCAUUGCCGGCCACAGCCGAAGUGUUUGCCUGCACUGUUGGUCAGAAGCCAAGUAAGGCAAAGUACUAUCUAGAUGAUACAGUUGAUGUCAUCAAGCUGCUUCAAGGCAUUGCUGCAGUAGCAGUGCAGCCAUCAAAGCCUGCACAUUUUCAGGUGUCCUUUGAGGGCUCUCUUUGAAAGAAAUUAUGGUGGUGUUCUUCUCUGUCAAUAUCAUCAUCAUCAUCUAUUUGUUUCAAGAUUGAAGAUGGGGUUCAAAUUUUAGAAAGAAAAAAAGAAGUCUGCAGACACUCUCUGUGGUUACUGGGAACAGAAGGAAGUGGGUCUGAUCAUAAUCCAUAAACAAAGUUUCAAAGCUGCCUUUGUACAGAUAGAUAGAUAAUGCAUACAAGCAGUGGUCAUUUGAAACCCAAUACUGAAAUUCUAGAAGCUCAAUUGUUGGAUAGGAUGAUGAUGUUGAUCUCUCAAAUACCUUAUUUGAGGUGGAAGUCUUUGACCCAUUUGUUUCUUAUCAUCAUCAUCUUCAUCUUCUUCAGUUUAUUUUAUUUCUUGAUCUCUCCCACGGAAGCUAUGGAUUCAAAACCUCUCUCCACCCCUCUCCAUUGUAGAUUGGAAUGAUAUCAUCUAAUAAUAAAAUGACAUAUAUUGUUUAGUGAUUUGAACAUGAAUGUACAGAAAACCUUUAUACUAAUGGCAAAGAUAUUACAUGAUCAUGAUCAUGUUUGUACA